UCUCUCUAUUCAUACUGUACGAGUGAGCUGUACCAGUGGCGUAAAAGGAAAUAAAGGGGGAGAAGAUCGCACUAUCAUUUUAGCCUGGCGCACAACGUCGUGUUUUUAGGUGGAGGUCGUACUUUACGUGUGUGUGUGUGUGUACGUGCGUGUGUAUGUGCGCCUUGUCAUAUCCAUACAAUGCACGACACACAGUCACCGUACACUGAACAAAUAAAGAGAAUAACUCACCGUGUGUGUUAAAAGAGCCAUACUUCAAGUUCAGAGAAGGGCGUAAACUUUAAUUUUUAAAUCAAAAGUGGACCAACGUCAACUCCUUUCAUUUUGUCAAUAUUUCGAACGCGAAACACGUGCCAUUACUGACUUCUUCGGACCCACGAUCGAAUACCAUCUCAUACUCACAGACAAUCAGCACAAUCGUUGGACUGACGGAAUAUCUAAAAACUAGGAAAUAAAGUUUUGUCGAGGAGUGGAAUCAGAUCGGACUGGGGACAUGGAUCUGGACUACGGUGGUGACUACGGUGGUGACUACGGUGGUAUUUAUGGCCGAAAUUAUGAUAGCACUCACAUGGCCCGGUUUCUGGGCUCUAGGAGAAUGGGGGCAAUUGAACCAAGUCCGGCGGAGGUUUUGAGGGAAAUUAAGAUGGUCGUCAAUGAUUACAAAGCUGCCAAGCGCAGUCCAAGGAGCUAUUCACUCCAUGUAUCACCCACUCAUGUUAUAGUGAGGGAGGAAGAUUCUCACAAUGGCGUUGAUGAGAAGAUUCAGACCAAAUACAUUCAUUACUGCAUUCACGACGACACUCUGAAUCACAUAUUCGCCUUCGUGGCCUGGUCGCAGUCUCAAAGCCUCUUUAUCGUACACAUCUUCUUCUUCGAAACCGUUAAAGAAGCUGCUAACAUCAAGACGGCAUUCGCCAGGGGCUUCCAAGCUGCUUUCAGGGAUUGGAAGGAGGAUGCUAGACCCGCAAGAAGACCUGUUCGUGAUACCUACUCUGAAUAUGCCCCUCCAGCCAGGCUGACGAGAGGAGCUCUAGACCACCACCGUCGUUCAUUCGAGGCACCAGCCGUACUCGAGCGUGAGCAAUACCGCCCACCGGCUCGUAAGGCUAGCAAACCCCGACCCAGGCAGCAUGGACCCCGCCCAAACCAACUCAUCGAAGUCUACGGCGACCCUCGACAGGGUGGCUACGACUACGACGAUGACUACGAGGACGAUUUCGUGGAAGAGGCCCCACCUCCCCGGCGACCCGCCGUCGAAAAGGAGGUCGUUUACACAAGGGAGACGUUUCCUCCGCCGGCCUUUGCUGGCGACGGGCACGGACGAAACGGAAGACGAGGAGGUCACCGCCCAGCCUACGAUGACGAUAUGUACGAAUCCAGGAGAGUAGGUUAUGGUGAUCGUGGUGCUCGACGAUCACGGAGAUACGUCGACAACGGCUACGCACGAGAUGACAUGAUUUACUAAACCCAUUUUCUUCUAUGAGCACUACAUAUAGCUCUUCACCUGUUAUCAUUGUAUAUCUUUCUAAGGUAUCAUGUUAUAUCGUUCUAAGGGUCACUAUCAGAAAUUUGCACAUAAUUAUCAUAAACAACGAUUGUUAAUGAAUACAGAUUAUCUUGUUUUUUAGAAGCACGGUAACUGCACUACAUGUCAAUAUGACAUACAUUUCCCAUAAUCAUGCCAUGAUAGUAAAAUUCAUUUGGUUUACUCUGUUUUGUCACACAAUUAUGGUAAUUCUGUACAGAAUAAAGAUCGUACCACUUGAUGUUCUAUAAAUCCAUGAGCCAACUUCAACCCCCCAGAAAUACAAAUGCCGUCAACUUUAGUCCCGUCUGAGUUAUUGGCGCCAGAUAAUGUAAUGUUGAUAUAAAGUUAGACAAUUUAUAUAUUAGUUUUAAAUGAUGGUACGUGGGUAAGAAUUUGUAUAUUCCCUCAAUAUUAUUGUGAAUGAUCACAGUGGCUUGUACAUUGCUGAUUCAAAGAUAUUUUUAUAUUGAUUAUUUACGAGUAUAGUGCGUCUAGUUUUCUCCUUAUUUCAAUUUUCUUUGCUUUGCAAAUUAGCAUUAUUGGUAAGAUGAAACUGCAAAUGCAUGUAUGAUGUUGCUUGGAAAGAAAAUGAUAUAAUAAAUAAUUAGGUGAAUUUUGCAUUUCGUAUAAUAUUCAUGUUAUUUUUCAAAAAAAGCAUAGCUUUCAUUUAGGCUAUGGAACGGUACAUUCAACUUAUUGCAUGAUUAGGUGCAAAGUUAUCGUUGAAUGCUAUUGACAGCUUUGAUUGUAUAUUAUUCCAUCAUUCUAUUUCUACAAAAACCUUCAAAUAACUUAUAGAUUUUUGCCUUUUAUUUUUUCUCACAACGCCAUUUCUUCCUACGAUGCAUUUUUGAUAAACAAUUCUUUUCUUCAAAAUAAGUCUUUCAAAAUAUCAAAAGUAUUUGUGUUGAAAAUUGAUUGUUUUCUUUGUAUCAUUUUAUUUGCCUAUCAAGAUGAGCUUAUUGCUGCAGGAAGUAGUAUAAAGACUAUUAUUGUUUUUUUUUGCCUACCACAUGUUUGCACACUUUUUUUUAAAGAAAAAGAAUAAAAAUACAAGGCUGAAUUUCAUGCCUUCCAUGCCUUGCUGUUUACCCAAAAAUGUCGCUUAUGUAAUCAACCUGUAAAAUGUUAGGUGUAUAUAAAAUUCUUCAAUUUCAAAGUUAAUAUUUUUCCACUUUUGCAUAUCGAUUCCACGAAAAGUAGCGGAGAAAUUUGAAAUAGGUGUUUUAAUAAACAGGGACAUUAUUGUUUUAUGAUGAUAGUUGUUAUAAGUUGUUGUCCCUUUUACUCAUUUUUAAAUCGAUCACUUUUAAAGGUAGUUAUCAAAACUGUUCAUAUAUUUGGUUUUGCCAAAAGCGGCAACAUGUGAUGCUCGUAUUACGUUCAUCAGAUAUUUUUUUUUAUUUUUUAAAUAAUAAUCUGUGUUAGUGGGAGUUAAUUCUAGUCUAUAUAGAAUCCUGCCCCCCCCCCCCCACUCAGUAUUAUUUAGGAUACGUGUAUGCGAAUGCGGUACCUCCGACCCCGGGAUGUGUGUCGGGGGGGGGGGUAUAGAAUACCAAAAUAAAUCGGGGAAAUCACUACAUCAAGUAUCAAUAUUUUUAUGUCUAUAUUUUCGAAUUCUAGCUACCUCGAUUCAAGACUAGGGUAGAUAAAAUAGACAACUGCAUGAUUCAUAAAACUAAACCUUACCAUUUUCUUUUCUCAGGAUUUGUUUUCACUGAUCAUUUCUAUUGUCAUAAAUAUUCAUUGCUGUAUAUAAACACUUCGAAAUGUAGUUACAUCAGUCUAGAACUUACUUAAGUAUGUGUGUAUAUAAUUAUAUAAUGAGGAAGAGAUACAAUCUAUCAGAAAAAAAGAGUAAAAGCUUUUUUCGAUUGAGAAAAUGAGUAAAAAUCAGAAGAUAUCCUAAUUAUUUUGCAUAUCGUGAUUUUCUUCAGAGUUACAACAUCUAUGCUUGUUUCUAAAAAUGAAUGAAGUUACAGUAUAGGCGGCAGAAUUGAUGGGAGCGCAUCGAAACCAGUUUAAAUCACUUUUUACUUUAUUUUCUUGGUCGAGACAGGAAAUUAGUCAUUCAUGAUCAAACAAAAUGUCUUUCAAAUGAUCAUCGUUUGUGUAGAUGCACUUUAUAUACUUUCAAUACUAAACGUCUUUCACUAUUUUUUAUGAUUGAAUAAAACAUGUAUAUAAUCAAGAUGUUAAUUAGGCCGUGUGUUAAUGUUAUACUCAGAAGAAUUUAUCACCUCAUAUUUCAUGCAUUUUCGCUAACCGGUUCUAUCCGUUGUUAAACAAAUAUUGGAAUCGCUGCACUGGUUAUGACACAAGUGUUAUAUUAGUACUUGAUGAUAGCUGUAAAAGCUUCCAAAAUUUGUUUUAAACCUUUGUCAUUCCAAAUUGAAUUAACUUCAGUAAGACGAUGUAAGGCUGAAUGAAUUCAAGAAGGUUUUUUACAUUAUGUCUUUAUUCAUAGAUUAAAGGCUUGUUCAGGCGUGGCGUGUGGACUCUGUGUUAUAAAAUACAUAAAUGUGAAGCGUAUAACACUUUACGUCAUCCUUUUAAAAACCCGAGGUUUUCCCGCAUCGUAUCUGAACGAGCCAUUAAUGAAUGAUUCCUUUUUUCAUGUAAAUAGCAGUUACAUUUAUAAAAAAAACUCAUGUAAAGAAACUAUAUUAGAUAGACCGUUUGUUAAAGAUUGUUCUCAUCUUUGUUAUUCUUGUGAGUGUUCUUAAUCUACAAACGAAAAGUAGAAGGUAGCCAUCUUUUACGGAGGUGAAUGUACUCUCCCUAUUUUUCUCUCACUAAAAAAAGAGUGAAUUUUCACUUUCUUGGGAGUGACGUCAGGGAUCACUAAUGUUUAGGAGUGAAUAUCGAUUGGUUUUAAGGUGUUCUCUAAGAAGAAAAGAGUGAAUGUUCACUCUAUUUUUACUACAUUUUCACUCUCCAGAGGAGUGACGUCAGUGAUCACUCGAUUUUUUUUUAGAGAGAGAGAGAGAGUUUCUAAGGGUCAAUAUGAAGGUCCUCAUUUGCCAAAGUUUGCUAGCAUAUACACAUUGAUGUAUACUAAGAAGUGCAAAGGAGUGGAAAUUCCCUUAUUAGCAAUCGUGUCAGGAAUCACUUUAUUAGGAGUUGAGCCCACUCCAAAGGAGUGUUUUAAUUAAUCCUUUGAGAGUGGAUUCCAUUCAUUUGAGCGUGUAUUCCGCUCCAAACGAAAAUGUUCUCUGAUAUGACUCGGGGGCCCAUAAGUGGGUUUCCAUCCCUGUACAUAUAACCUUCCCAAUCUUUUGUAUCAUCUCCUCUUCCCGGCCCAUUUUCAUUUCUGUUUAUUAAGUAAAAUAUUGAUAUCUAAUUCUCCGCCUCUCUCACCAGGAUUAUUUUCCUUUUUAACGUAUAAUAUUAUAGUUGUAAUAAUAAGAAUAUAUUAUCUUUCUGUCUUCUUUUCUUGUAUUGUUCACAGUAAGCCUGGGUUCUUGGUUGUUCUUUUAAUUUUCAAAAUCUUUUUACGAAUAAAUAAAUAUCCGAAGCAAAGAUAUAAAAUGGA